AUGAUACUGAAAAGUGAGUUAUUGGAUGUGCAUACUCGGCUGGGGCAGAUGCUUCCAUUUGUAACCAAAAGAUUUGCAUCAGUGCCGACUGCGAUGAGAACGAGGCGACGGACGCGCAGACAUGAGCGAGAGCCUAAUCUACGGAAGAGACAGGGUGGGAGCCAUAGCAAUUUAAAAGAGAAUGAGGAUGCUGAGCUGAAGUUUAAGCUGCGACAGAUGAAUGAAUUUGCAAAGAACUUGAAGAUGCAGAUGCAGCUGGCGGACAGUCUGCGGCGAAAAGAGGAAGCGGCGCGUGCCGAGGGCAUCGGGGGAGACGUGGCGGAGGGGGCGAUUGAGCGCGACAGCAGCACCGUUGCAGCUGCGCUGCUUGAGGGUGCCGAGCCGGCUGAAGCGCAGCCUGCCCCUCUAAAUCUGUCACAACUGAUCAUGUCGGCACAGAACGCAGAACCUCUGCUGGCUCCGGAGCUUGCGGAGAGGAUCGGCGACGGGAAACUGGUGUACUCUGCGCUGGUGAACAAACGCGCGCAGAACUGGGAUGCCAUUGUGGCGGCGCUGUACGAAUCCGCAGAGAAGCUGCGCGGGCUGGACGCGGACAUCGUUAAAGAAAAGCUGCUGCUGCGCGUGUCUGGCCUAUCGCUCGAAGGUGUGGCGACGUUGGACAAGCUGCUGACAGAUCGGUUUGGUGAGGGCCGCGACUUUGAUGUGGAUAUGUACGGAGUGCUGUUUGAGACCCUUGGUGAGCACACGCAGCACACGCAGCAGGCGAAGACGGUUGUGGACAGGAUGAAGAAGCUGCUGCAGAGGUAUGACGCCUGUGACGAUCCAGACAAAAAGCCGCUCACGCAGGAAAUUCUUAAUUGCUGUCUGAAGGUGGGCACAGCCGCGAAGUCCUUUGACGAUAUGAACUACUUUCUCUCUAAAUUUGUGAAGGACUAUCGCAUCCUCCCGAACAAAGUCAACUAUGACCAAGUGCUUACUUUCUAUUUGAAGAACCGCACAUUAUCGCAAGCAUGGGAGACAUUCGGUGCGAUGAAGUUCAUGUCUUUAUCUCAUAGACCGGAUGUGGCAACUUACAACCUUAUGUUGCAAGUCUGCGACCAGGAGCGAAACUACUCAAAGGCACUGGACCUGUACCACGAGAUCCAAGAUUUAAAAAUGGAGCCGGACGUGAGAACAUUGAGCAUGUUGGCGAAGGCAAUGGCAAGCGCAUCUACCGAUGCGAUUGUUAGUGAAGGCAAGUCUGACUCUUUGCGAUUAACCGGGUGGAAGUUUAUCCAUGAAAUAGAGAAUAAUCCGAAGUAUGCGACCGCUAAGGAUGACCCAGUUUGUGCACAUGGUGUUCUUACCACGAUGAUGGCCUUGGCUUCAUACGACGGUGACGUGGGACUGGCCCGUGCACUCUUUUACAGACACGCGGUACAAUCAUAUAAGAAGCUGAUGAAAAACGCUAAUAUGGAUGCUGUCUCGAACCCAGCAGCGGCAGCCAGGGCCGCAUGGACGCAAGCAAUUGAUCCUGUUUUGUUUAACUAUCUUUUGAUGGCAUAUUCUAGGUAUCAGCCAAACAAGCUGCCUAUAUUGCUUGGCUAUGAACUAGGAGCGAAGUUCAGACGCCAGCUUAUGUUCAACGUCGACUAUAUGGGUCGGGCCGAGAGUGACAAUGACAUGCAUGCUAAUAUCCCACUUCUACCGGUCAUGGAGCUAUCAUCUACUGCAGAAGUUCUCAAUGAAUCGCGGGCAUUAUGGGAGUUUUUCCUCUCGAAACAUAUCAACGGGUCCCUCCAGCCUCAGCCAUCUGCGCGUGUUGUUUCCAUGCUGGAAGAGUACCGCCAAAAUCAUGAUACGUUUGAAGGUUUCAUGAAGGAAGUCAAGAGUCAAGUUAAGCGGUGGCAAUGGCAUGCAGUGAACCGGAGAUUGAUGACACCAAUUACAAUCAUGUCAUACUUAUCUAUUCCACUGAGGUUGGGCUCAUAUGAGGAGUUUGCAUUCAGAUAUAAACAGACGAUCUAUACUGGCAACGAGCUGGAGGAAAGCGUAAAGAACUUUUAUGAUCCGGCACUUGUAACAGUCUCCGAUGAAGCCACUGUAGUGGUCGAUGAUUCGGAGGUAAAGGUCGAAAAGUAUGCAAGGAAGAUAGAUGAUCGUAUCCUGCAGAUCUACAGCUUCGCAUACAAAAACCGUGUUUAUAAUGAUGUCUUUGAGCUUGCCAUGAAGGCUGCGACUAAGUUCAGAGAUAAUUCAUUGGCGACCCGGGUUUGGAAGGAAAGAGGGGAAUUCCGUAAAACUGAGGGUUAUACAUCGAUGAGUGUGAAGGACCGAAUUGCUGGCGAUACUUCAUUUGCAUGCGCGACUGUAAAGUUCUUCGUCGCAGAGAAGAGAUUUUCUGAGGCUAUGGCCGUGAUUAUGUCUUCCCAGAAAUAUAUCGACUGGAAGUAUCAUAUGGUCAGAGAACUUCAUAAUGCGCUUGUUUCGAUCGAAGACAGUGUAUCCAUCAGGAAAUUGUUAAGUGUUGUCAACAAACAAAAUCGGUUGAAGGUGCUAAACACAGAAUCGCCUAGCUUGACGCCCUAG